AGAAGAUUCUACAAUGGGGGUUAUCAUCCCCGCUGUACUUCUCGCUUCGGCGACGGUGAUUGCUUGGCUUAUCUACAAACACUUGAGAAUGCGUCAAGUUUUGAAGCACCUCAACCAACCACGAUCAUACCCAAUCGUCGGUCACGGACUCAUCACAAAGCCCGAUCCAGAGGGAUUCAUGAAUCAAGUGAUUGGAAUGGGAUAUUUGUAUCCAGAUCCACGGAUGUGUCUUCUCUGGAUUGGUCCAUUCCCAUGUCUUAUGCUCUACUCUGCCGAUCUUGUUGAACCUAUUUUCUCUUCCACGAAACAUCUGAACAAAGGGUUCGCAUACGUUUUGCUUGAGCCAUGGCUUGGAAUCAGUAUUUUGACGAGCCAAAAGGAACAAUGGCGUCCAAAGCGAAAACUAUUGACACCAACCUUCCAUUAUGAUAUUCUCAAGGAUUUCUUGCCGAUUUUUAACGAGCAAUCGAAGAUUUUGAUUCAGAAAUUGUGUUGCCUCGGUGUAGCAGAUGAAGAAGUUGAUGUUCUCUCCGUCAUCACCCUUUGCACUCUUGACAUCAUCUGCGAAACUUCCAUGGGAAAAGCUAUCGGUGCUCAACUCGCGGAGAAUAACGAGUAUGUAUGGGCGGUGCACACAAUUAAUAAGCUGAUUUCAAAGCGAACAAAUAAUCCGUUGAUGUGGAAUUCAUUUAUUUACAAUUUAACAGAAGACGGACGGACUCAUGAAAAAUGCCUACAUAUUCUUCAUGAUUUCACGAAGAAAGUAAUUGUCGAGAGAAAGGAAGCUCUACAGGAUAGCGAUUAUAAGAUGGAAGGUCGUCUCGCAUUCUCGCGUCAAAUAUGCUGCACAAUACGCAUUCUCAGAAUUUUGUGUUCCCGUAAUAGAAAGUUUUAAUUUUUGUUUUGACUUAAAAAUGUAUUUUUCUAAUUUAAAGCGCAUUUAUUCACAACAAAAGUGAAAAAGUGAAUAUUACGUGUUUUUCAAUGGUGCCGAUUUACGGAAGAAAUUAAAAAUUGCAAAAUGAGAAAAUUCUUGCGAGGAAAUAGAUAUUAUCUUGCUCUCCUAUCCCCAAAAAAGGUGUCGGUUUUUUGAUUGUUUUUUCAGAAAAUCAAAAAACGCAAAUUUUCGUUUUUAGAUUUUUCGAAAAAAAUUUCGAUUUUUCAAAAAUUAGCUCAAAAUUGUUCUUUUUUUUUAGAAUAAAUUUAAA